AUGGCUUUACCUUCAAGAUCGUGUUAUAGAGAUACUGGAGCUGCUUGGGUUUUAGCACAAAAUGGUGAAGUUCCACCAAAUGCUGUUCCUGCUGGAUAUGAGACUAAUGGUCAAAUAACCUACGUUGCACGAUUUGUGACAACAGGAGGUCAAUUAGCUCCAGGCAAACUUUUUCCACCAUAUAGACAAGCUUAUUCCAGUUAUAAUGGAAUAGAACACUCUUCUUAUAUAUAUCAAGUGUUAACUCAUCCUAAUCAACAAGAAUUAAAAUGGGUUCCUAGUAAUGGAAAUAAUCUACCUACAGGUGCUUUACAAGCUGGUGGUGAUUAUAAAAGUCCUUUAUAUAUUGGUCGAGCUCCUUUUCAAGGAGGUAUAUGUUGUGGAAAAUUUGAACCAACGCAUAAUUGUGUUUAUCUUCCGUGGGGUGGUCGAGAGCAUUGCGUACAAAAUAACUUUGAAGUUUUGUGUUUAACUAGGAUAUGUGAAUAA